ACACUCUGCAACGAAUCCGGCAAAACGUCAUUCUUGAAGCUCUGGUUUACUUCCCAAUCGUUUUCUCGGAAUUUUCACCCGAAUCUUUGGUCGGAGAAUGAUAAGUUGCUCGCUGAUGCUUUCCAUUAUGGUCGCCGCCGGGGAUAUUUCCGUCACUUUGGAUUUGGACUUGCCGCUCUUUACAAGGCUGAUUUGGAUCGAGCUGGUGGAUUCAACACUGGAAUUGACGGUUGGGGCUUGGAAGAUGUGGAUUUCUUCGAAAGGAACCUGCGUACUCAAAAAUCUUCGCAUCAUUCGAGCGCCCGAGCCUGGACUUGCCAGCGCAUUCACAUCUACCAUCCUAUCGUGUGUGACCCAUCUCUGCCCCGCGCCACAGAAGAACAUGUGUCUUGGGAG